AUGCAUCCGACUUUCAGGCCGACGAGCACAGAUCCCAAUUACCCAUACCGCGCUGCUACGGAUGGAGCAUCGAAUGAGGAACCGGACAAGAUCCUUCGUUUGGCCAACAAUGCUGUUCCACCUACAGCGACUGAAAACAACAAGCUGGAGAACCCGCCGGCCCGCUCGCUGCCUGGAGCACCGCAAAGGCAGGCACAAAAGCGUCCUAGUGAGCCGAAUUGGACGGAGGAAGAGCGUAGCACGCUCAAGGGUGACCCUCAACUCAUGAUGCUCUGGCUGAAGCGUGAUGGGUUCGAGCAGGAGAUUAAGGAUGAGAAGAAGCGCACGAGCGAGUUGACGAAAAAGUUACGCAUUGCGCACGAACAGAUGCGCCAGAUCGGCCUGGGACAUCAUCCCGUGAUCGCUGAGCUAACUCAACCCCUGCAGGCCCCACCACCGAAAACCGGAAAU